AUGAUACGAAUGUUAAAAAACGUCAGAAACCUGUCCACCGCUUCAAUGAAACAAACUGAACUGUCAGUACCAGUCCCCUGGGGAGAGAUCAGAGGAAAAGUUUGGGGCCCGGAUCAUGGCCGUCCUGUGUUGUGCCUGCAUGGCUGGGCUGACAACUGUGGUACCUUCAACACUCUUAUUCCUCUUCUCCCUAAAGAAUGCAGAUAUGUGGCAGUGGAUCUGGCAGGUCACGGACUGUCUUCACAUCGUCCCCCCGGUGUUUUUUACACCUUUACUUCAUAUGUGGCUGAUAUUCAAAGAGUUGUUGAGACCCUCCACUGGCGCAGAUUCUCCAUCCUGGGCCAUAGUAUGGGCGGUAACAUUGCUGGAAUGUUCAGUGCGCUUUUCCCUGAGAUGGUAGAGGCUUGUGUCAUGCUGGACUCUUAUGGAUUCUUACCCACUGAUCCGAAUGAAAUGUCCAAAAUAAUGCGGCAGGGGAUGGAUGACAUGCUUAAGUUUGAAAAGAAUCCUGCAAAGAGUGAGAGAGUUUACACCUAUGAGAAAGCAGUAGAAAGGUUGUUGGCAGCAAACCCAACUCUGUCUGAGGCGUCUGCAAGCAACCUUUUAGAACGUGGUCUGGUUAAAGUUGAAGGAGGAGUGGUCUUCUCACGUGACUUCCGUAUUAAUCUGAAAAACAUAGCUCGUAUUAGCUUGGAGCAGAGUCUGGUGAUGCUCUCCAGAAUUCAAGCCUCUGUUCUUUUGGUUCUUGCGGAUGACGGCUUUCAGAAAAUAUUUGCAGAACCCGACCAGAGGAAAUUUGCAUCCGAGCUUCUGCAGGGCUAUAGACAGAAUCAUCACACGGUGGAGAGGGUACCCGGCGGCCAUCAUGUCCAUCUUAACAACCCCGAGGUGGUUGCUCCGGUAGUGUCUGAAUUCCUCCACAGGAAAGUCUUAUCAUCGACAGUCAGAGCAGACGGACUCACCACUAAGCUGUAG